GGGACGUCGAUAUUCCAUUAACAAAGCGCAAUAUCCGUUCAAGAUGGCCGACAAAUCUAUGCCUAUUUUUGUUCCAUCAGAAAAGCCUGUGAAACUUGUUAAGUGGAAAAUAAAACAAGGUGCUUUUGUGUCGCAAGGUCAAAUAUUAUUUUUAUACAAUGAUUCAUCGGGCAAUGGAGGUGAAGUAAAGAAAUUUAAGGCGGUUCGUGCUGGUACUAUCUCAUCGAUCAAGGUGAAGGAAGGAGACAUUGUAGAGCCUGGUUCAGCAGUAGCGGAGUUAGAAGGAUGUCGGCACACGACGGUAAUGAAGGAGAUGUGUGCGGAAUGCGGCGCCGACCUCCGUAUAGAUGACGAGCCGAAGCGGGAAGUUGCUGUCGUGCCCAUGGUGCAUUCUGUGCCCGAACUUAAGGUUUCUGAGGAGCUGGCACAGAAACUGGGACGUGAAGAUGCUGGCCGUCUUUUGAAAGAUAGAAAACUGGUGUUGCUUGUAGACUUGGAUCAAACAUUGGUUCACACAACCAAUGAUAACAUACCACCUAACUUAAAGGGAGUCCUGCACUUCUUCCUCAGAGGCCCAGGCAGUCCAGGUCGCUGGUGUCAUACUAGGCUAAGACCUAAGACACAGGAGUUUCUAGAAUCUGCAGCAUCUAACUAUGAGCUACAUGUGUGCACUUUUGGCGCAAGACAAUACGCACACGCGAUAGCUGAUUUAUUAGAUCCUGAGAAAAAAUACUUUUCACAUAGAAUAUUGUCUAGAGAUGAAUGUUUUGAUGCUAGAACAAAAGCUGCUAAUUUAAAAGCAUUGUUUCCUUGUGGUGACAACAUGGUGUGUAUAAUCGACGAUCGUGAAGACGUGUGGAGACACGCCACUAACCUGAUCCAUGUGAGGCCUUACUCAUUCUUCCAGUCUACGGGAGAUAUUAAUGCACCCCCACCACCAGACGAAAAACCAAAGCUGCCAAGCGGUAAAAACGGGGCGCAGACACCGAACUCGCAAGAAAUGCCAAGUUUGGACCCAGAACCAGACCAAAAAGGCGAGAAAGAGAAGCCCAGCGAGGGUGGUAAUGGUAAAAUCAUCAAGGAAACGAAAGCCGAUGACGCUAACAAGGCAAAAGAGGCUACUGAUAGUGAGGAGAAUGACAAGGCAGAUGCUGAGCCAAGAUGGGUGGAGACAGCUGAUGGGCAGAUAGAAGUGGAGGAUCCGGACGAUUACUUAAUUUACUUAGAUGAUAUAUUAAAAAGAAUACAUAAGCAUUUUUAUGAUCUAUAUGACAAGAUGGGAAAGAAUCAAAUCCCAGAUUUGAAAUGUGUAAUACCUGAAGUGAAGAGCAAAGUGCUUGCUGGAACCAGUCUAGUAUUCAGUGGAUUGGUACCAACACAUCAGAAAUUGGAGACGUCUAGAGCAUAUUUAGUAGCUAAGAGCCUAGGAGCUGUAGUGACGCAAGAUUUUACUGAUAGCACCACACACCUUGUUGCAGUGAGAGCAGGUACAGCGAAAGUAAACGCUAGUAGACGAAUUGGCGAUGGAAAACCGAACAAACUUCAUGUGGUGACCCCAGAUUGGCUAUGGACUUGCGCCGAAAGAUGGGAGCGCGUGGACGAACGACUGUACCCUUUGCAAAGAGGCGGACAGAGCAGUUCCCGCCGCCCGCCGGCGCACUGCAGCAGUCCACCUCCCGCGCCACCCAUCCCCGCCCCAGCAGCAGCGUUGCGCAAGCGCACGCCCUCGGGUCGGUUCAUGGACACCAUCAACCCACUGCUAUCGUUCUCCAGCGACGACAUAGCCGAUAUGGACAGAGAGGUGGAGGACAUAUUCAAUGAAUCUGAUGAGAGUUCAUCGGAUGAUGAAAAACAAGGUGAUGAUGACCUUGAUGAUGAGGAGAAUCCUCCAGAAGAUAGACUACUUUCAUUAGAAGCAGAGAGUUCACAGGAUAGGUUAAAAGCCACACAAGAUGCGGAGAGCUCCAGUGACUCAGACUUAGAUGAUGAAACCCCCAGACCUCGCAAAAGACCAAGAAAGUCAUCACCCCAGUCAGAUGAUGAACCACCUGAUGAUGAUGACAGUUCCUGGAAUUUAAUGGGAGCUGCUCUUGAAAGAGAAUUUUUAGCACAGGACUGACAGGACUGAUGUCACCACCGUGUCAGAGUUUACACAAAUUAUGAGUCAAAUAAAUAUUUUUUUCUUUGGA